AAUCUGGCCUGUUCAAUCUCAAAUAAUGAAGAAGGUGUGAAGUUAGUCCGGAUGGCAGCAACACAGAUUGAUAGCCUGUGCCCACAGGUAAUAAAUGCUGCGCUCACAUUGGCUGCCAGACCCCAGAGCAAAGUAGCACAGGACAACAUGGAUGUCUUUAAAGAUCAGUGGGAGAAACAAGUGCGAGUUCUCACUGAAGCCGUUGAUGAUAUCACUUCGGUGGAUGAUUUCCUCUCUGUUUCAGAAAAUCAUAUUCUGGAAGAUGUGAAUAAGUGUGUGAUUGCUCUCCAAGAGGGGGAUGUGGAUACACUGGACAGAACUGCGGGUGCUAUCCGAGGCCGUGCAGCCAGAGUUAUUCACAUCAUUAAUGCAGAGAUGGAAAACUACGAAACUGGAGUUUAUACUGAGAAGGUACUGGAAGCUACCAAACUGCUCUCUGAAACUGUUAUGCCACGUUUUGCUGAACAAGUUGAGGUUGCCAUUGAAGCUUUGAGCGCGAAUGUCCCACAGCCAUUUGAAGAGAAUGAGUUCAUCGAUGCCUCCCGCUUGGUUUAUGAUGGAGUUCGUGACAUCAGGAAAGCUGUUCUAAUGAUAAGGACCCCUGAAGAGCUAGAGGAUGAUUCAGACUUUGAGCAGGAAGAUUAUGACGUUCGCAGCCGAACAAGUGUUCAGACUGAAGAUGACCAGCUUAUUGCUGGCCAGAGUGCAAGGGCUAUCAUGGCUCAGCUUCCCCAGGAGGAGAAGGCUAAGAUUGCCGAGCAGGUGGAAAUAUUCCACCAAGAAAAGAGCAAACUGGAUGCAGAGGUGGCCAAGUGGGAUGACAGUGGUAAUGACAUCAUUGUGUUGGCGAAGCAGAUGUGCAUGAUUAUGAUGGAAAUGACAGACUUUACUAGAGGUAAAGGCCCCCUGAAGAACACAUCAGAUGUCAUUAAUGCAGCCAAGAAGAUUGCAGAGGCAGGAUCGAGGAUGGACAAAUUGGCACGGGCGGUAGCUGAUCAGUGCCCAGACUCAGCCUGCAAACAGGAUCUGCUAGCCUACCUGCAGCGCAUUGCCCUCUACUGCCACCAACUCAAUAUCUGCAGCAAAGUGAAGGCAGAAGUUCAGAACCUGGGAGGGGAACUUAUUGUAUCAGGGCUGGACAGUGCCACUUCUCUCAUCCAGGCAGCUAAAAAUCUGAUGAACGCUGUGGUCCUUACAGUGAAAGCAUCGUAUGUGGCUUCUACUAAAUAUCAGAAAGUCUAUGGCACUGCUGCAGUGAACUCACCAGUUGUGUCUUGGAAGAUGAAGGCCCCUGAGAAGAAACCUCUAGUAAAGAGAGAAAAACCAGAAGAAUAUCAGACAAGAGUGAGAAGAGGGUCCCAGAAGAAACAUAUUUCCCCUGUACAGGCCUUAAGUGAAUUUAAAGCUAUGGAUUCAUUCUAAACCACUAAGCUUUACCAGGAGGGUUUUAUAUUCUUUUUGUAUGCAUACCUGCCGACUUGUAUGCAUCUGGCAUGGGGUGGGGGGAAGCAAUGUCAAUUUGCAUGCAACCUGAGACUCUACUGAAGUAAUUAACUUUUUGCAAUGCCAAAAUUUAGGGCUUUCUCUUCAGAUGUUAAACAGACGUAUUCCAAGCUUACUUUUUAGACAAAACUAUAACAUUGAAUUGGCCAAAGAAUUUGCAUCACAGGGGUAUGUGGGGGUUAAAUGAUAAAUUCAAGUCUAAAACCAGAAAAUUUUUAUGCAUGCAAGAAACAUUAGGUUGGCAGGUAUAUUAAGUGGAAAAAAAAAAAAAAAAAAAAAAAAAAGGAAUUGUAAUGGUAGACCAUAAAGCUUGUAUUGCUUCUGUUCCAGUGCAAAAAUGUACUAGCCAAUAUGCUUAAAUGUGUGGCCCAAUAAUUAAAUGAUAUAACUUUUAAGUCAUCUUCAUUAUAGUAUGUGAAUUUUUAAAACAGAUACAAACUAAUUCACCUCAAAAAUGCUUCUUUUAAACCAUCUUUGGUUCUUUAUAUUCUAGUAGUGUUAUGAUUGCUCACAUUUCAAUUAAUCCCAUUAAUAUGACCAGAGGUUUACUUUUGCCAAUUGAAUUCCUUAUGGUGGAGUAUGAAGCACAAUAUGGUGAUUGACAUUGCCUUUUAUAUUAUGAUUAUUAUUAUGAUUAUUAUUAUAAUAUUAGUAAUAGAAGACCUGGUGGUGGAAUGUUUAGAGACACGGAAACUGACAGUGUGAGAAUUUAGAGGCAAAUAUGUAGGUGUAGCUUGGAGUACAGGUAUCUGACGUACCAUUGUAACCACUAACUCAAUAAAGUCAUUUAACCUUGGAAUCCUCAA